UGGCUGAAGACUCGUAUUGAUACUUCUGGUAAACAAAUACACAUGGAGUUGUGGUUUGAAUGGGAAGAAAAUAACGAGGAACACUUUUCCUUCGACGACAGUGAUCGUUUUGAAGAAGACUCACUCUGUUCUUGGGUUUCAGAGCCGGAAAGCAUUUGUGGAAACUGGCGAGGAUGGAAAAGAAAUUCUCAAAAUGUGAUCCAACCUGAUGGCGACGCGGAGCUCGGUGAAUCAGAAGUGGAACCUCUGCUUGAAAUAUGUGCGAGAAAAGUGGCUAAACAUCUGCCUUUUGAAACCGUUGAACGGAUAUAUCCUCAAAUCCCUGAACAGCUACAGCUAAGGAUCGCUUUUUGGUCCUUCCCGCCUUUAGAGGAAGAUAUCAGGCUUUACUCGUGUCUAGCAAAUGGUUCCCCAGAUAAAUUCAAUGAAGGCGAACAGCUGUUGAAGGUUCAGGCGGUGAGAGACGCUUUGCAAAUUGGUAAGCGUAUUAAUAUAAAUGCGUGGGUUACAUUUUAUUUUAUUUAAUUAAAAGGCACACGAAGCUCAAACCGACAAACGCAAAACAGGUUCCAUACACAUACAACUUGAGGUGACACACAUUCAUCUUAUUUGGACAAAAAAUUAAUAGUUAGCUUUACUGUGACUAUUUGCUCAACCUCUUUCAAAUGUAACUAACUUGCGUAAACAGCCACGUUUCCCUAUGGAGAGAAAUUUGAGUUUUUUAAUAAGUUAGAAAUGAAAUGUUUAUCAUUUACAUGAAGAUGGUGGUGGGUCAAAAAAUGGUGCAGGUUAUGAGUACUGACUCGAUCAUUACUCUAAAAGGGUAGGUUGAAAAUUAUGCUGGUCUCUGAACAAAGGAGGGAGUUGUUCUGUGAUGGUGUGGAGUAGAAUGCUUUGCUUCUCUGCCAUAUUUGGUAAAUAGCCGGGGGGCGGGGGGCAGACUUCCAUGUGAAUGUGAGGGGUAUGCUUGCCUCAUUAAGGGGUGUAAAUUGAUGAAUAUGUGGGUGUCACUCAAGGUGUUCAGGACAAAAAUUGAUAUCAAUACUUUUAUGGAUGUUAGAGAAUUUCUGGUUGAAAUUAGGCCUUUUUGAGACUGAUAACAGAAACCGAUACUUUUCUGGAAAGAUUAGUUAUCUACCUGAAUGCUCUCUUCAUCACCUUGUGCUAAGUAGUCAAUGCUCAAUAUUUCCUAACCCUCUUAAGGGUUAUUUUCGCAUAGGAUAAGGACCUUUUAGAAAACAAUUCCCACAAGCAGCGGGGCCUCGAAACAGUGGCAUACAGCUGUAUAAAUAAACCAACAACUGCAGGGGUUUCAUUAAGGUUUUGAACAGGAGGGCGACAGGGUUUGACACCCAGGCAAAGAGCUGGCAAGGGUGAGAGGGUCUUGCUCUCCUAGGGGGGUCCGGGGGCAUGCUCCCUUGGAAAAUUUUGAAAUUCUGUAAGUUGCAGACAAUGUUUUUCAACUACCAAACAAAUCACAACUUUCCUUGACAAUCACGAUUUGAAUCAUGAUUUGAUUCCAAUAUCCACCACACAAAUUGGUUCUCGUUUUAAGUUUUAAUGGUUCAUAAGUUUUGAGACAUUUUAGAUGGUCUGUUAUGAAGCACAGUUGUUUUCGCAAUGCAUUAUGAGGCGAUUCUUGUUUUCAAUGCAUAACAAACUACAUGUAGGGGAUUCCUCGUGCGAUAAAGUGGAAAUUUGAUCGUAAAGUAUGUUUUGAGAUGAGAAUAAGAUGAGAAGACUCAUCAAGAAAAGAGCACAAUUGUAAAUUAAGACUGUUUUUUCUCGUUCCUUGUAUUAAAAAAGGUUCUUUGGGAUGAUAAGCAGCCAGGCAAAGUCACAUUCACAGCUGGUCAAUAUGUCCGGUGCCCGGCCCUUAAUGAAACCCCUGCAACUGCGCAGGUUAUAAAGUUUCCUUAAUUAAGUGCCCCUAGCAGUUAUAAAUUGUUCACAUUUGCUGGCCUGACUAUUAAUUUUGUUUGAGCCUGCAGUUAGCUGGAGAUCCUAGGUUUGACCCUUUAAACCCUAAUAUCAAAAUUCAAAUUCUCAUUUGUUGUCCAUGUACAUUUUCAAUAGAAGUUUUGGGGAGAAUUUGUUACUACAUCAAUUAGAUUAAUCUUGUGUGGUUAUGUCCUCUAUUUCCAUGAACACUCGGAGCAUUGAAAUUAUAAGGAGAAAUUUCAAGCUGAUCUCUCUCAGGCAUGAAAGGGAUGGCCAGUUAAUAGAAGUGGACUGUUUUUAUUACUGUUGUCAUUGCUAUGUGUACAUAAAAAUCCAGAAACAGAAGUUCCUCUUUUGUAUUAAUUUUACAGGUUUUCAUCUUAGUGCAACUGUUCACCAGCCUCAUUCCCCCUGCAAAAGUAAAGGAACGUUUAAUGUUGCUGUGACGUUUGACCGAGGCCGCAUCACAUCAUGCAAUUGUACUUGUGAAAAAGCUGCAACAUGGUGUGCGCAUGUUAUUGCUCUGUGUCUGUUCAGAAUACACUGCCCUAACCAUGUGUGUCUAAGAGCUCCUGUGUCUGAAUACUUAUCACGCUUAAGACGAGAUCAACUGCAGAAGUUUGCACAGUAUCUUAUCAGUGAGCUUCCUCAACAGGUACAUAGUGACAUUUAGAUUUAAUUAUGAGUAUGAGAUCAAGUACUAUAUCCUGUUACAGACUCAGUUCCAGUUGCUAAAAAGGUGGAUAGCGCUAUCCACCGGAUUGAUCACUAUCCACUUUAUAACAGAAUUCUUUUCCCUUACACUUAUCCACUGGUUAGUGUCUUAUCCCAUGGAUAGCCCUAUUCAUGUUUUGAGCAACCAGGGCCUGCAGAUUAGGAGAAACGUAUAGUAUUAUUCGUUCAAAAUAUUGUGCCAUUCUAAGAAAGUAAAAUUGUUUAUAUUGAGGCUGCUCAAGUUAUUAUUUGUUUUAUUAGAAUCGAUGUCCACAAUAAAAUGCACCUCACUUGUUUCAUGUUUUUUUUUUAUUACAUCAAGGCAAAAACUUUUGUUACUUGUUUGACUUCCAAAUGCGGAUUUAUCUUUUGAAAACUGUCUUGAAUAACUACAAAACAUAGCGUUUCUUUUGUAACAAAUCUCAAUGUCCUCACUGGGAAAUAAUAAUGUGCAUUCAACAGAGACUCCAUCAAGAUUUGUGCAUUCUGUUCUUUCUUGCGCCCAUUACUAUGAAGUCCUCAAGGACUUGUAAAACAUGUGAUAAUGAACACUUUUUUAGGCUAUCUAAUUCUUGCACCUCUAAUUUGCUGUUGCUUCAUCUGUCUUCGUGGAUUCCAAUUGAAAUAGUAGAGGAGGCUCGUACAUUUUGUAUUUUACAAUUGCACAAAGAAUUAACAAGCUAUAGCAGGCCAGAAAAAAAGCAUGGCGGUGAUAUGGAGCACAUCUCACUGCAGUUCAUCAUGGACUACGUUUACUUUCAUAAACUGCUGGUUAAAGCACAACAGGCUCAUUCAGGCCAAAUGUUAAGUUUAUAGUGUAUUUUUAAUUCCCAUGUUUGUUUUACUUUUGUCUAACCUUUGGGCAUCAUGAACCUUUCCAAGUUAAAAAGCUGCCUCGGCAGUUUGGGUUGUCCAAGGGGUAACCACUCAGCACAAAAAUUAUUGUUUGCCCCAUUGAUAAUUUUGGUUGUCUGGAACAACCGGACAGCCGUUAAUUUCGAACCCUGACAAUCCUGCAGCUAAUUUUUCAUAUCCAUCCAGUGCUGACCAAAUUUCUGACUAAAACUUGAAGGAAGAAAUGUGAUGAUCAAAAAUAUUGUUUGAUGGAUUUUACCUACUUUUCUUCUAUCUGCGAGCAAAAACAUCUCUUUAUAUCCUGAAAACAUGCCUAGAAACAGGUGAAUGUCUUGGAGGAGGUGAGGUUGUUAGGAACUUAGAAAUAUCUUGAUUGAAUAAAAACAAUAAUUAUUGAAUUUGGCUUCUCUGUCAUGUCCAGAAUUAUGCAGAUCUUAGAGGCUGUUAUUCGUUGAGGCCAAUAUCCUCCUUGACCUGUUACAGAAGCCAGCAAGUAAUCUUGUUUUUUUUUAUACAGUAUUCCAUGUAUCUCUUUAAUUUUUUCAUACUUUUUCAUGGCAAAAUAACAAUUGAAAAUGAUCUAACAGCCACUGUCAUUUUCUUGAACAGCUACUUCCCACUGCCCAAAGGCUACUAGAUGAGCUACUUUCAUCACAAGAGUCCAUGAUCAACACUGUGUCAGGAGCCCCAGGUGAGUUGGAGCAAAUUGUUGCCCAUGUUGAUGAGUUAAAUACCGGUAUACAGUCAAAGCUCUCUCAAUGGACACUCAAGUAAUGAGCUUAACAUGUGGUCACCUUGACAAAACAUGGUUUGAGCUCCCUGCUUAGCAAGCAGUCUUAUUUAGUGGCCAGCUUUGGUUGCUAACACUCAUUCUACACUUAGUCGUGAGGGUGUCUGCCUAAGGCACAAAAUACUUGAGACACUGUACCUUGUUUGUGCGUACUUGGCCUUUCCAUGAUCUAGUGCUUGUGAUCCCCCCUCCCCUCCCUUCCCAUUUUCAAAGUUGUUUGCACUAUAAGACCAUGCAAAAAAUGUGGAGGAACAACUUUGAAUUGAUGAGAGAGAGGGGAUGAGUUUUAUAUCUCACAGUUGUGUCACUAGCAGCAAAUUUUUUUUUCGCUAGAGUGUCUCAACUUUUUUUGCAACUGGUUGGAGCUUUGACUAUAUUACUGCCAUUGAACCAACACUGCUCACUGCUUUUUAGGACAUUUUCGUAAAUCUAAAAUAUGAGGCAUACAUACAUGUAAGUGUUUUAAGAGUUGAUGAAUGGAACAGCUUCAAACCCUUUCUCUCAGUGUAGAUCUAUUCAUUCUUUCAAUAGUUCUAAGUAGACAUGUCAUAAGGAAGUGGUUACAGUACUGGCAUACAACAGCCUGUUUUGAUCCAAACCACUGCCUAUUUUGUUGUGAUUUUCGCGGACAUUUUACAUGUGUUGCCCUUAAACCGUUGACAGCAGUGCCGCCAUACAAGACUACACUGCUUUAAAACAUUGCAACUUUCUCAAUCACAUAAACAUUGCCUUUUAAGUUAUAAAUUGUCAGUUGUGAGCAUUGCGUAGAAUGUCCUUCAAAUUGGAACAUCCAAUAUAAACAAAAAAAAGCAAGCAUAAGCAUGAGUCAGUAUAAAAAGCUUAUGUAUGUGCUAGCAUGGACAGCAUUAAGCAUAAUAAUAAACACAAGAAUGUUAAAACCUUGCAUUGGUCUUAUGCUUAUACUUAACAAUUAUUCCAUGAGUGUGCAUUGGAUAUGAAUUGGCUAUAAUCAUUUCACAUCCAACAAGCACGAGUGGAAUAAUUAUUGUUUUAUUAAAAACAUCAACAAAAUAUUGAUAAUUCUAUGCGACUUUAUUUGUAAAAACCACCGAUUUUCAGCUUGUUAUUAAUUUUGAGCAACAACAGUCAACAACAACGACAACUUUAUUGACUUUAUCUUCAACAUUAAGAUUUCAGUACUAAAACAGUCAAUACAAAGACAAAUGAAACAAAGUGAAAUAAAAGUUAAGUAAGAAAGAAAGGAACAAAUUUAAUAUUGUCAUAAAAGAAAAAAAAUUACUUGACUAUGUACGGCUUCCAUGCUACUUGUAUGGUAAGAAAGUUUAAUUAGAGUUCGGAUGCAUAACAAUUUAGAAUAUUUUCGAUAUAAGAGGCACUGAGAUUUAAGAUGUUUUGAUCGCACAUGGACAUGAUAUAUAACAAUAGUGCUUUGUAAGACAUAUUCGUAAAAUUACUGUUUAUCGAGUAUAGGCUCUCCAAGAAGAUACCCCUUAUAUGAGAAAGUGAUGAGUGGGUACAUUUCAACAAAUAGUGGAAUUCAUCACCAAUUUCGGAUCUAUUACAAAGGGGGCAAAGCCUCUCAACUUAGGGUAUCUUCUUGUAGCGCGCAGACUCAAUAGGUAGCAAGUGGCAAGAAAUACGCAUUUUGGUUACUGCCACUCUUGUCUUAACGUUCUUUAUUAAAUCAAGAUAAGAUUCAAAUCUGACUUCGUUUUUCACUUCACUGUACAGACUUAAUUUAUUGCCAACUGAGGAGUCGAAUUUAUCCUUGUUCAGACUUUUUGACCAAUAUUCUUGAGCAGACGCAUACAGUUACCAUAUUUAGAGAGCAUGGUAUAAUGGCUGAUAUACCAUGAUGGUUAAGCCAAUCAGAGGUCUAGAUUUGCAUUAUCCAGUGAUUCAGUUUUUAAUAAUUAUGCUUAUGUCAUGACCGUCCCCAUUAGCUCAUGCUUGCUAGUUAGUUACGUUCCUAGUGAGGACUGCCCUUUUAGUUUUGGCACACAACUUAUAUGCUGGGAUCCUUGGACUUUAUGAGCUCAGGGCGUUUAGGCUCAUUACUGUUCCUCUUAGAGCACAGACUUGUGCCUUCUUCAAAAGCUUAGAAAAAAACCCUGCCUACUUUUUUAGGAGAAAAUACACCUUUAGCUCUAAUUGCUUGGAAAAACCUCAUCUUUGUUUUACCUGAUUUAAAGGCUCUCAUUUAGCAUCUUAGUCGAUUACUCUUUGUAUCUUUUAAUGAAUUAUUUUGAUUUCCCUGGUACAGUCAAACCAGGUCAAGCGUACCCUUCCAAGAUUCCAUUCAUGAAAUCAUUAUUCGAAAGUUGAAUCCAACGCAAGGCAGAACUUUGAAAUUUCCACCAGCUCAGUUUUCCUGAAUUUGAUGUAAAUGUCUCCUAAGAAAUUUAAUUCAUUCAAAGAUUUUCAAUCUGACCAAAUACAGAGAAGUUCUCAUUGAAAUAUUCACUGCUCAUUACACAUGCAGGCAGCUGAUUUGAAUUUGACACUAGUUAUGGGAACAACUAACAGAUUCAUUUUUCAAAUAAUCAGCUGAUUAAUAGAAUCUUAGGGGUACACUUGGGCUGCCUUGACUGUAAAUGUUGUAAUAAAACAAUAUUUUACCCUUUGCAAGAAUUGUUUUGAAUUCCACAACAUCCACUGAGUUCUUGCUCUGUUAGAUCCCACUGCUGGGCCAUCAGCUACUGAUUAUUCUAAAUGGUGCUUGGAUGAGGGUUCCCUCCAUGAAAACAUCAAGAAGAUGCUGAUUAGAUUCUGUGGUCCAAGUCCUUUGGUGUUUAGUGACGUCAAUGCUCUGUAUUUAGCCAACACUGCUCCUCCAACAGCUGCUGAGUGGUAAGAUUAUAAUAAUUACAGUUAAAUACUGUACUGCAAUUAUAAUAUUCUACUCCGAUACUGUUGCACUGUUAAAUUAACGUGGGAGCAAGUGUGGUACAUUGGUGAGAGCACUUGCCACCCACCAAUGUGGCCUGGGUUCAAUUCCUGGCGUCAACACCAUACACUGUAUGUGGGUAAGUUUGUUUUUGGUUCUCUCCUUUGCUCUGGGAGGUCUUUCUCUAGGUACCUACUCCAUGGUUUUCCCUGGCCUCUCCUCAAAAACCAACAUCGCCAAAUUCCAAUUUGACCAGGAAUGGUAGAUCAAGAUCAACUUUAUUCAUUUCAUUUUAAUAACAAUGAGGAGGAUAAAGAGAAGGGUUUUAGGUGAAAGGAAUACCCAAGUAGUACAGCAACAACUGUGUUAAAAAGGGAACCGAACUUGAAAUGGUUUUUUGCAGUUAUCAGCUACUCUAAAGUUAUUUGUUUAGUGCUUUCAAUAAUUAUCAUUGGCUAAAAAAAAUUGGAUGCUCCUUUCAGAGAAGUUGAAUAUUUUUUCCCUUUACCGAAGUAACUAAAACAAGAUUCUUUCCAACUUUCUUCAUAAAGUUGGUUACUGUACUCAAGCCAGCUGCAUCUUCAAAUAUAUUGUAUAAUGAAACCCCUGACUUUUGCACCUCUCUUUGUAGACAUAUUUCUAUUAGAGAGUUCUCUUUGUCCAAGGGAACAGUGCAAAGAUUAGUACAGUCAGUUAGUGCAUGGGAGGUUCCAAGUUCGAUUCCCAGGUGUGAUCUCAAUCCUUGUUUCGACUCUUUCCCUUCUGCAUACCUUUACUUAGCUUUAAAUAACCAUAAAAUGAGCACUGAUGGAGAGAGGGGGUAAAAUGAGCAUGCCAUUGGCCUCAGAUUUGUCAGUCUAAUGAGUAGUGUUAUGAGGUACUGACAUAAAGUAAGGACCUUUACAACAUUGUCCCUUUAUAAUUUUAACUUUUGUCCCCAAGUUACAAAAGUGUGACUUCUUUGAUUUACAACAGGUCAAAUUUGCUGAGACCAUUACGAGGACGAGAGCCUGAGGGAAUGUGGAACCUUCUCUCUAUUGUCCGUGAACUCUUCCAUAGAGGUGAUAUGAAUGCCGUUAACCUAUUGGUCAUUCUAACGGAAGAAUGUCUAGCCAAUGAUCAAGUACUGGUAUGGUGGUUUGAUAGUCGGAGCCAGUUGUCAGGCAAUUCAUCCUCACACAAUCAUGGCAACAGAGGAAAUACAAAUGCAGCAAGCACUGAAGCCACUAAGCAUGCUUGUGCAGGAUUCUGUGAUGAGCUCGUGUCCCUGUGGAGGCUGGCUGUAUUGAAUCCUAAGUUAUCAGAUGAAGAGAGAGAGGAGAUCAAAGUUCAGUUACUGGAGUGGCAUCACAAAGUGAUUGAGAAGGGUCCUGCAGGUGAAAAUAAGCAAUAGUCAGACCUCCUGUAAGCAACCACCUAAAAGUCAAAGAUUUGUGCGUAUGAGAAUCAAGAAGCAGGGCGUCUCUUCCGGGAAGGGGUCCUAACACAUCUAAUUUUUGGAAGAUAUUUAUUGCAUGCAAUUUCUGAGUUACGUAUUUUAGCAAUAGAAAACGUUCCCCAUGUUUGCAUAGCCUGAUUUAAACACGAGAGGGGUUGGGAGAAUUCGAGACAGUUAUGCAAACCCAAUACUGUUGAGAAUUCUCCCAAACCCUCGAGUGUUUAUAUCAGGCCAUGCAAAUACAGGAAAAAAGUUUUUUAUUGCUUUUAUAAAUUAACUUUGCUGAGAAAAAACGCAAUACUCUUUGUUAUGGCACUGAUUAAAAGAGAAAUUCAGAACAGUCGAUGAACUAAAAUGCGAUUUUUAAGUUACAUACAAAAAUUAAUAGUUCCAUAUUGUCAUUGAAAGGUCUUGUCAUACUCUGAGUGGCAUAGCACAUUGAGUGAACAGAGACCACAUCACACGUCAAGUGGUCGCUUACAAGAAGUUAAAAGCAAUGGAAAAUGAUAAAACCAUCAUGCCAAUAAAGUGGUCACAGUUGCUUAUAAGAGGUGGCUUCUUGCAAGAGGUUUUUAUUAUAGGGAUUUGCUUGAAAAAUUUUGGUUUUUUGGAUAGGUGGUUGCUUGUGAUAUAAUUAUGGUUGCUUGUGAUAAGUGGCUGUUUAUUAGAGGUGAUCCCAUGUUGAGGUUUGACUGUUUUUCUGAAAAUAUUUAUACAUGCAGUUAUGUCUUAUAGUUAGAGUUAGGUAUGAUCCUGUACCUGCUAGCCGGCAAAAACAGACAUAUUUCUGGUGAAGAGAAGCGAGGGCCAGAAAUACAUCUGCGUUCACAGGCUAUUUACCCCCUACAAUGCCUCUGUGCUACCCUACAGCACUAUGACGUUAUAUUUCACUUGAUUGAUCUGUGUAUAAAAUUUCUGUAAUAUUAAAUGCUUUAUAUUUUUUUCAGGGAGAGUUGGUGGUCAUACAAUCCCUCAGUCAGUGAUGUCUUGUUUUCCUGGUUUCUUACCUGCAAUUGAGGCUUGUGCCCUCAACUGGAAGAACAUUGACCUUGGUAUUGAUCUGGAAGAGAUUGAUUCUCAAGUUGCACCUCCUCUCACUCUUCGUUGUGCAAGAAUCUAUGCUCCAUGUUCAGACAAAGAUCCAGAGAGUGAACAACAACAGUCAACCACUACUGUCACGGAUCUCGUUACAGGAAAAGAGUGAGUAGCAUGUUUUUAUGAUGGUAAUAGAACUAAGUGGAGUCCAAUUCGGUCAGAAAUCAUACAAGUCAUUAACAAAAUCGAAUGGCCGCAUAGCAGGAGUCUGAUUUGCCUAAUCACAAGUAUGUCAGAUUACAGACCGAUUUGGAGAACACAAAGUUCUGUUACCAAUUAAUCAUAACUAUAGCAAAAUUUAAGAUAAUUAUUUAAUUAACUAUCUAUAUUAAUUAUUAAUUUAGAAAAUAUAGGAUAUUCCGAGAGUUUUUUUUUGCUGAAAGUAAAAUUAGAAACCCAUUCAAGUGUGCGCGAUGGUGUGUACUGUCCUGUUACUUAGGUAUGAUGUGUCCCAUCCUAUUACACUGUGCUAUUAAUGCUAAAAUCAGGACAGCUGAUAGCCAAUCAGAUUUGAGAGUUUUGGUUUAGUUAUGGUUAGUGUAGAAAUGGUGUCCUUAUUUCAUCUGCUGACAGAGGGAAUUUUAUGACAUGGUCAUGUACAUAAUAAGAUAAAACAGUAAACCAUUCGUAAUUCCAAAACGUUGUAAUUUGUUUUUAAUUCCUUGCUUAAUAUGGAAAGUUAUUGAAGUCUAAACUAGGUAUCUAAAGUAUGUUUCCAUACUGGAUUUGGAUGUGAUGUGUGGUAUGAGAAUAUUUAGUGGAGGUUUGAUUGUCCCUCUGACCCAAGUGUUCAAAAGAUAAGUCAUUAUCCAGUGAAGAAGUUUUGGGGAAACAAAGUGCGCUAUCCAGUGGAUAGAGAGUUUCUGAUGGAUGGCGUUAACUACCUUUAAAAGAACUGUGGCCUGUUGGUUUAGAGAGCCGUGCUAAAUUUCCUUUGAUAUUCUUUUGUGUGGAUCCUAAUUUGUUUUCAGCGACCAAAACAACCAGACUGUGAAUGAAGAAAACCCAAGCAGUGCUUUGGAAAGUGACUGUCGUCCCAUCCCAGUCCAAGACAUUGACGAUGACCUUGAGGUUUUGUGCGCUCGAACAGAAGCUCUUCACGUUCAUGGUUACCACACAGUUGCUGGAAAACUUGCUGUGAAACUGGCUGAUAACUUUUUGAGUUACGGUACAAAAUUAAAUUUGUCCUCUCACUGUAAUGGUUCAAAAAGCAAGAACAAGGGUGUAGGAGCUACUUCACUCGCGAGUACAAUAUUGGUGAAGGCAGCCUUUCUUUGUCGCGUGCUUGAAGAUGACCUGCAGUUCCAUCAUUUGGCUUUUAGAGUUGGUAUGUUGGGUCUAGAGAUCCCACGUCAACCAGCAAGGAGUAAAGCUUUAGAGGUAAAAACACCGCUUGCGAUACUGUAGACUUUCCCUGUUACUGAGUGCUAUGCACUUUAGGCCAUAUCCAUGUUUAUUAUAUGGCUGAAUCCUCUAGCCGGCAAGAUAAAACGAAUAUCAUGGUUUGAUUGGCUACCCAAGAGGGUACUAUGGGCAUCUUGUCAGCUUAGGAUUUUCCGCUUUAGCCCAGUAAGAAAUAGUUCUCUUUUUGACCAUAUAGUAAAUCUUUCAUUGACCAACCUCGUUCGAUCAUUGAAUAUGCCUGAACAUUGGCCUCGUCCAAUAACCAACCUUGACCGAACAAGCUUGGUCAACAGCGUAACUAUAUAUAAUGUCUAACGGACCAUUCAUUUUUUUGUAAAAGAUUCCAAACCCGGAAAAGAUUUAUUAGAUUAAAUUUAGCAAGGGUUCAUGAUCCAUGUGUUUCCUUUAGACGCCAAGAGCUCUCAACGUUUCACCGUCUUGCGCCGAAAUUGCUCUAAACAGCAGCAACAAGGCUUGAGACAGUAAUUAUUCACUUAAGUUGCAAAACGGGUUUAUUGCAGAAGUGUCUCAACUGUUUUGCAAGUGUUUGUGGACUCUGUUAACUGAAUCAAAAGGUCAUUGUUUUUUGUCAAGAAAUCUUUAUGCUGGCUAACCCUUCACAACCUUGCUUGUUGACGCUUCAGGCGAAACUUUCAUAUCAAGAAACUGAACUUGUUACCUUGCUAAAGAGACUUCCCCUUGCACACGCUGAACUAGCUAUUAUCCGAGAGAAGGCAGAGCUAUUACAGCAAGGUCAGCUGAAACGAGGAGACGCCGUUCUUCCCAUCAUGUUGGCUACCUUUAUCUUUGAAGUUUUGUGCCCAAAGAAUGGUGGCUCACAAGCAAAGCGGCAGGCCACGGUGAAGCUGUGCGAGACAACCCAGGAAGAUGAAGAGCUGGGAUUCCAAGCUACGCUCUUUGUUUUAGGUACAGCACAGUUUACAUGGAACUUAGCGAAAACAGCCGUUUCUCCUCGUUGCUCGCCGCUUGGGACGUUUCGUUUCUCUCCUGGCAAAACGGCCCCAUCGGCAGAGAGCGUUUAGAAACGGCUGUUAUCGCUAAUGGAACUGAGAUUUUCUUUUCUCUUAUUUUAAAUCUCUUAACUUGCAAAGUGAUCUACAUCAAUGCGUGUGAGGAAACUUGUUAGGAAAUUCUCCUUUCUUUUACAGAUGGAUAAAGCGUGUUGUUUGAUUGAUCCAUUUCUCCGGUUAAGAUUGUUUCUAAUUCCUUUCAUUUAGAUUUCUUUGUACAUGCAUUGCUAACCACGCCUGUUCGACUUAUAAAACAAUAUUGCAAUAUUCAGCCCUCUCGACCCAGUAAGCGUGUUCAAGAAAGGAUACACUAAAUUAAUGUGUUUUAACGGCAACAAAGUGAGCAAUGCUGAGCGGGCCAGUAUGUUCACCUAGCCUCCUCGGAUAAACAGUAAGAACACAAUAUUCACCUCAUUGCCCAGUCAAGUCCAGGGAUAGUUAUAUCAACCAGUGCGUUAAUGGGAUAAAUUAACGUCCGUGAAAAGUUUCGUUCUUUGGGUAAGAGGGCACUCAUAACUCUGGAACAAUAGCUUACUGCUGUAGCAGUACUUAGGAGUUUCCGUCCGUAAUCUAAAGUUCGCUGUUCGUUUGCUUGCAGAUAUCUUAGUGGUUAUUAGACUAUAUUUAACGUUUGCUAAUGGAAUCUUCUUCCUUUCUUAGGAAUGAAGGGCAAUGCUUUGGAGACCCAGUACCCCAUGUUAUGCGAAGGUAUAAGACGGCAGAGAGGAGACUUGGCCCAAGCUCUUCUUCUUCACAGUCGCGAUAACAGUGCUCGGAUUCGCCAAAUUAUGGAUGUUCUCUUGGACAAGAGUCGAUAUGAAUUACCUUGUGCUGCUGGUGGGUCCCAGAAGAAAAAGAAAGUGGAGAGAAGCGACUCUCAAGAAAACAAGAGUGAGGAUAGCGAGGCUUCAGGCAACAGUGCUAGCAAAACGAGAGACAUCUUAGGGGUACCUACUCGCAGAGGAAGGUAAAUCUAUUCCCCACCCACCGUACUAGUUAAACUCAUUUCAUCAUAUUUGUGUGUGCUCAAUUGUUAACGUGUUGGCCGCCAACGAGUCUUCUCAAAGUCAUCUAGAGAACUAGAAAAUGACUGGGAUACUAUUUUAAAACUCUCUCCUUUGAGUUACUGACCCGCGAGGCAUUUUUCAUUGGAGUAGUGUUAGUUCUUGUAACAUUUUUGUUUGUUCUUCAAGUUGGCGGCCUAUCUGACUGGUAACCAAUCUCCGCUAGAGGAAGAAUUCUUUAGGCUAUGUUUCGUGCCCGCCGAUACAGACGUUUCGGAGGAGAGACGACGGCACUUCUGCGAAACGUUUCUAGCGAUAAGAAACGUGGAGAGAUGGCUGUAUUCGCAGGCUACCCUCAAGAUCACAUUCUCAGAGGAAUUUCUAAUUCUAAAACCCUAAAAAAACAACAUUUAUAGUACUUUAGCAAAGCACUACUAGAAACGUUUCGUUUAGACUCUUAACGGUCCCCUGUUUUUGCGGCAAGUGGCUUAUUGACACGAGCGGCCUGUUGGGCCAUCUCCGAGAGACAUUGUUUCGAAUGGUUGCAACAUUGUUCCAGCAUUGCAACGCUAUGUUGGGCUGAAAAUCGUCGUUACCAAUCGUCUUAUGUGACAUCACCUUAAGGUAGAAUUGAUACUCUUCCCCAGGUUACACUUCAAGGGGCCAUGUUACGUUAUUUUCUUUCUUUGAAUACCAAAAAUAACGGUCCAUAUUUAAGAAAUUAUUUAGGAAUUGAAACAAUUUCCUGUCGUCUGUUACAAUGGAUGGUAAGGAUGGACAUGAAUUGAAACUUCCAAAAAUUAGGCUAGCUUUCUCAAGUUUUGAUACUAUACCUUCAAAGAUAAAAAUAUAUGGUGGUUAGUGCUCCCUUAUGAAAUUCGUAAGAUAUUUUGUGCACAACUCUACAGGAGCAAGUAAUGACGUCAGCACUGGAUUAACCUAAAGCAGCAAUAUCCUUCUGACAUAAAUAUCAAAAUAAAAUAUCAAACCAAGGUGGUCGCCUGUUCGUGGUAUGCGCUCGAUGUCGACGAUUUUGCAGGAAAAUAGGAUAAGCGACCGUUAACAGUCUAGGAUUCUUUUUUAAUUUUCACCAUUUUGUACAUUACAAGUACUCUUUUCAUACGAAGUACCUUAAAUGUUGUGAUGUGCCCGUUAUUUCUUUGACAGUAAAAUUAGCGCAUGCAAUAAAUACUUAAUUCAUUCAUUCGCUGAACGAAUGGAAAGCCUCCUCCUAUUAAAAGAAACGUGUUUGUCUCUUUCAUAUUUUUCAGCAAUGGUCAGAGUUCUUCCAGCACCAGUGAUAGCGGUACAGACAGCAGUAAGGACAAAGCCAAGCCAGCUCGUGUAGGGCCCGGAAAACCUGCCAGGCUGACUGCUUCCAUGGAUGAUGAGAGCGGGAGUUCAAGCGGAGUGGAUACAGAUUCUGUUCCAGUGUGCAGCGAGUAUGAAACUCCCGCUACUGUAAGGAUAGUCCAAGUUAAUAAGGCUGAUUAUCCAAGAAGCGGAGUGUCUACUGACAAGAGCAUUCCAUGCUCUGAUAAAAUCCUUAGCAAGUCGUCCUGUACGCCUGUGUCAACUCAGGGUGUCUCAUGUACCGUGGAUGGCCUUGACGAAAGAAAUCAAAUUGCUCCUGAGACGACUGAGGAUUUUCCAGUCCGUGAAUCGGAAGAACUCUGCGGCUUAUCUCUUGCAAAACAAAAGGCCUCAAAUUCAGAUUUAUGUACUUCACCUAAUCAAAGCAACCUUGGCCGUCUCACUUCCGACGGUGCUACUCAGCCUCCUGACAGAGAGGCAGUUGAAGAUAUUCCCCAAGUGUCUGACGUAGCUGAAGAUGUAACAAAAGUAGACAAUCUGUCUCAACGUAUUUCGUCCCUUUUGUCAUCAGAACAAGACGAUCCAAAUGCUCUUACGCUUUGUGUGGCUGAAAGACAUGUAAGUGCGUUCCCUCUGGAUCAAAGUUGCGGUGUUAGCAGCUCGAUUGGCAGAGACCCACGGCCUGAAGGGCCAAAAUGCUCGUCGAAUGAGGGAGUGUCUGGUCAUCCAAGCAAAGUAUUGUCCAGCCAGUAUCAUUCAUCUGAGGGUGAUGUUUCAGACAUCGAAGCAGACUUUGAAGAAUCUAAGCCGAGCCCAUCGCAGUGUGCUGUGUCCAAAGCCUUUGAGUCAGGCAGUAGUUUGUUGAACAACAAUGGCUGCUCAGCCUUAGACGAGAAUCCUUCUUCAACAUCCUUAGCCGCCACCGCCGACGCCGUAUUUGAUGAAGACGAAAUUUCGGAAUCUGCGAAUGCUGGCGUUGGAACUGACCAAGAACAAUCCACACAGCCUGAUGUUGAAGGAGCUGCAGCUGUUGUAGCGCCUUUGGAAACGGCAGAGGAACAGUCUAGUGAAUCAGGUGCCAGAGAAAGCGCUAGCGCCAGUGCUGAUGAUACUGACAGGAGCCGCCGCCGCAAUAGGCCUCGCGGUCGUAGGAGAAGAAGAGGCAAAUCUGCCCUCUAUCAAGCUACCGAGGCUGAGGCACAUUUUAUGUUUGAACUUGCCAAGACAGUACUAAAUAAAGCAGGGGGAAACAAUAGCACAUCUGUUUUCACGCAGUCCACAAGCAGUGAAACUCAUUCCGGUCCUCACAGAGUACUGCAGCUGUGCGCGUUUGAAAUUGGCCUGUUUGCCUUAGGACUUCAUAACCGGACAUCUCCAAACUGGCUGUCACGAACGUACUCAUCACACGUAUCGUGGAUUUCAGGGCAAGCUAUGGAAAUUGGCCAUCAAGCCAUAACGAUUCUCUUGGAACGAUGGGAGGGCAAUUUGACACCGUCGGAGGUCGCGUCUAUUGCUGACCGGGCGUCAAAGUCUAAUGACCGUGCCAUGGUGCGUGCAGCAGCUGAACUCGGUCUGUCAUGCCUCCACAUGGCUACUACUCUGAAUCCAGUGGAGAUUCAACGCGUUCUGUCUCAGUGUAGAGAUGAAGAUUCACAGUUAUUGGAUCAAGCGUGCCAAGCUGUUGAGAGCGCUGCCCGGGGCGGAGGAGUGUACCCUGAAGUUCUCUUUGAUGUCGCUAAACACUGGUUCUAUCUUCACGAGAAAAACCAGACGAGUAGCACAAACUCAUCGCCGAGGCCUGCGAAAAGCGAAUCAAGAAGUAGGGGUUCGAUGAUGCGCUCAUGUCAGUCAGCGUCAUCGACAAGCCAGUCACCGCCUGUGAGCCCCUUUGCGCCACAGUUCACCGUAUCCCCCACCUUCCCAUCCAUUCCUCCGCCUCUGUAUACCACGCCCGAACAAUACGUCCAACAGCAAAUGCAUCAGCAGGUCCACCAAAUGAUGGGGCAUUAUCCAGCUUAUUUAUCAGCAAAUAACUCGGGAUACCGCUCGGGUUCACAGUCUCAUUAUGCCUACCCAUUUUCGAGAAGUUUAUCGGGAACACAGUUUUCAUUGACCGGAGCCUAUGCUGGCCUUACUCCAUGCCCUUAUCAAGCGGCGAACUUGACUACGAGUUCCAGCCAGCAUCUCAAUCGAACAACAUCAGGGCAGCCAGGUGCACAGGUUUCAUUUUACCUAAACAGCGCCUACAGGGUAGGAAUGCUGGCGCUGGAGUUCUUAUCAAGACGCACCUCAGACGAUCGGCCAAACGUAAAGUUUUCUCGUAACCCCAGCUGCAGCGAGGACAUUAGAUGGCUUUGCACUCUCUCGGCGAAGCUCGGUACCUCGCAUCUUCAGAGGUUCUGCGUGGCCGCGUUAAACGCUGUAGUCAGCCCAUUUGUCCUUCAUGACCUUGCGUUAGAAGCCGCAAGGCAUAUGGCGCGAUCAAACCCUGCUCAAUUAGCUGUUAAUCUGCGCUCGCCGACCAUCAGCCCCUUAGUGCAGAAGAGCUUGACUAUGUACGCACAGUGCAUCCAUUAUAACCUGAUCAACAUCACGCAAAACGAUUAUGACGAGUUUGUGGAGCUGCUCAGACAUGCGCGCGGUGCGUUUUGCAUGGCACCGGGAGGCAUGACACAGUUCAAUGAACUUUUGCAGAGUAUUCGAUGGGGACAUUCUAAGAAAAAAGAACUUUGGCAAAUGAUCAUGACUGGAUUAGCUAAAGCUUAGAAUGGGCGCAUUGUUGUCAGUCGUUUUAUAGGAAUGACUCGGAAACGCGAUGUAGUAGUUGUGCAAAUAAUAUAUUUAAGGCGAUUAAAAAUGUGACUGGAACUAGAAUUCAUG